AUGACCUUCUUUUAUCGAGUAAUGCGUCCCGGUCGUCUCUAUUUGAUGCGCUUUCCAAUUGCUGCGAGUACAAGAGGCACGAGCCGUAUCGCACCGAGUUACGCCCGUGUCGCAAACUUGUCGACCGGUUCGUUUUCGCGAGAAGACGACAAGAAGAACUCGAUACUAGAGCUGUUCCAGCAUGUAGCCGAUGGAAAAGUAUCGCCUCAAGCGGCAGUAGAGCACUGGCGUUCUGUUAGUGCAGCGUAUCGAUCAGUCGAAGACUUUGCCAAGAUCGACACGACCCGAAAAGCUCGUACCGGGUUUCCAGAAGUCGUGUACGCCGAGGGCAAAACGGCCGAACAAGUGGCAGCGAUCAUGAAAGUGAUGAUGGACAAAAGCGACGACAUUGUGAUGGCUUCGCGCGUGACAGCGCAAGCUGCAGAACGACUUCGUGCAUUGAUACCGGAUGAAGACCUGACGUACUACGAGGUGCCUCGAAUCUUGGCGUCAGCAUCUCGAUCAAAGGGUGUAGGAACCAGCGAUACCGACACGGACGAGAAGAAACCCACAGUGUGUGUGCUGUGUGCCGGCACGUCGGAUCUUCCUGUCGCAGAAGAAGCUGCUGUGACUCUCGAGCUUGCACACUACGGCGUCACUCGCCUCUACGACGUGGGCGUGGCUGGAAUCCACCGAUUGCUGCACAACCAGCACAUUGUGCAAGCAUCGGACGUCGCCAUUUGCGUUGCUGGGAUGGACGGUGCUCUCCCUGGUGUAGUGGGAGGUAUCACGUCCGUGCCGGUGAUUGCAGUGCCUACGAGUGUCGGCUACGGUGCAGCGUUCGGUGGACUGGCUCCACUGCUGACAAUGCUCAACGCUUGCUCCCCCGGCGUUGGCGUCGUCAAUAUUGACAAUGGCUUUGGCGCUGCUGUACUAGCCGGUGAGAACGUGUCCAUGUGA